AUGACCGACUUCAACCACUCCGACGCCCUCGCCCAAGCCAAAGCCCUCAUCCCCCUCCUCGAAACAUUCGACGGCUCUCUCCACCAACGCAAAGCCCUCCUCAAACACCUCAACGACCUCCGCUCAACCUUCGAACACCCCUCCGACAUCUUCGCUCGAUGGCAAGAAUCCAUGUGCACCGCCUCCGCCCUCGACAUCAUGCUCCGCCUGGGGGCAUGGAAGAAGAUCCCCGAUGACGGGACACCAAUCACGGCUGGGGAGCUUGCCAGUGGGUCAAAUGUGGAUGAGUCGGUUAUUACGAGGGCGAUGAGGAUUUUGGUGACGGCAGGCUUGGUCGACGAGGUUGACAUCGACACAUACCGCCGUAAUGCUCUGACCAGCGCCUUUCAAGCGGAUAGCUAUGGCAGUCUAGCCAGCGUAGGCCUCUACUUCGUCCGCGGCUGGGGUGUGAUCCCCUCCUAUUCGCUUACUCAUGCCACACAAGACAUCUUUGACCCUCGAAGGAACCCCAUCGUGUGCUUCUACGGCCAAGAAGGCAAGACCUUCUAUGAAGUACUUGAUGGUGAUCCGAUGCUUAGGGAAAUGUUUGAUACGAGCAUGUACGGAUUAGGGACAAAUUUGUAUCAGACGGAAGGGUUGUUUCCUUUUGAGGGGAUGAGAGAACAGGUGAUGAGGGAGCCCGAGAGGGUGUUUGUUGUUGAUGUGGGCGGUGGGAAGGGGCAUGUGUUGAGGGAGAUUCGGGCGAUGUGUGGGGGGGAUGCUUGGGGAAGGAGAUUGGUGUUGCAGGAUUUGCCGGUUGUUGUUGACAGUUUGGAGAAGGAGGAUAUUGAGGGGUUUGAGGUGAUGGAAUAUGAUUUUCAUACGGAGCAGCCUGUCAAAAACGCACACAUCUACUUUCUCCGCAUGAUUCUCCACAACUACUACGAUCCAGUUUGCAUCACCAUCCUGAAAAACCAAGCCCGCGCCAUGGGCCCUGACUCACGGCUCAUCGUGUGUGAGAUGCUUGUCCCCGACAAGGUCGAGGUCGGCGCACCGAUGGACGUGCACUGGAUGAAUUUUAGUAUGCUGAUGCUCGGGGGCAAGGAGAGGAGGCUGGCCGAGUUUGAGGAUAUUUUUGAGCAGGCUGGGUUGGAGAUCGCGGGUGUUUGGAGGGCGAAGGCUGGAUACUGUGCUAUGAUUGAGGGGAGGUUGAGGCGGACGGGGUGA